AUGAGACAGACAAGGCUAGCGGCGAGGGCGAAAACGUUGCAGAAGCCACCGCCCACCCCGGGAACAAGGGAGCUAGAGUUGAUUCCAAGGGAGACCAAGGGAGCUAGAGUUGAUUCCAAGGGAGACGUUGGACAGACGGCAGAAAAGGCGGAUGAGGCUGAGGCUGAGGCUGAGGCUGAGGCAGAUAAUGAUACACAGAGCAAUCUCUUCAGUAAUCAAGCGGCGGUACAAGCUGCAUUUGAAGUGGAAACCGCUAUUCAAUCUGAUUCCGUUGAUGGACUCGCAAAGACCGCCGUGGAUACCGGCGCAAAAGAAAAGCGUCUGUUAAGAAUUGCGGCUGAUGACGGCGCCGCGAAAGAACCACGUGAGGACGACAUCGCAGAAGGAAAAUCGAAGGCAGAGAUAGGCACAAUUAUCGAAGCAAAAGCAGUACCGGGAAUUGCGAUGGAUUCGGGCGUUGAAAAGGAGUUGAAAUGAUUCUGGUUGAUCUCAAGGGCAAGCGAGUGUCUCGGAAUGAACCGGUCCUUGUGGUUGGCGGUGGUUUCAUGGCUGAUAUUGGCGGAUUCGCCUGUGCUCUUUAUCACAGGAAUACUCCCUACGUAAUGUUGUGCACAUCUAUUGUGUCAGGUAUUGAUGCUGGGCCUUCUCCUCGGACAUGCUGUGAUGGGUUGGGAUACAAGAAUGUUUUCAGUGCGUAUCAUCCCCCUAUCCUUACUCUAACUGAUCGACAAUUCUUCAAGACGCUAGAGCCCGGAUAGAUUCGUCAUGGCAUCGCCGAAAUCAUAAAGAUGGCAGUCACUAAAGACGCUACUCUUUUCACAGCGCUGGAGACUGCCGGAAAUCGUCUGGUGGAGACCAAGUUUGGAGU